AAUGUGAGGGCACAAACAACCAAGACACAAUAUUGAAUUUGUUAAGUAGAGUCCCUCUUGUAGUUAUAUCCUGCAAACUGGUAAUUUAAAAUUUUAAAUAGAUCACAUUAUCUGCAAGACUUUUUAUUUAUUUUUUAAGACUUUUUAAUCUCAUAAGAUUUUUAAUAUGUGAAUACAAAAGGUAAAAAUGACUAUAGAAUUUCUACCUUUCAAAUAAAUGUAAGCUCUUUAUAGCACCAGUAUUUCCUUUUCCAUUCUCAAAUUGAAAUUCUCUAGAAUUAAGGCCGUAAGUGAGUGAACAAAAUAGAUGAACUGAUUUUCUCCUUUCAUUUGGAAAAAUACUUUGUAACAUCCACAAACAGGUUCCUGAGUCUACUGAGGAGGGAGUUAGCAUUUUUGUUUCAGCCAUCUCCUGCUAAUUUGUUGACAUGAAACAUUUUUGCAAGGAGCAGUCAGCCCUCAGGCCUCCAAAUCUAAGACUGAUAGUCAAUGAUCAUGCCUGCUGGGUUUUCUCCUUUGGUUAUGGCUUUGAUGAUCCAGAUGAUCAAUUAAUUUUAAGAUUUUAAUUCUGAACCUGGAGCUCUGUCUGUUUUUCAAAAUAAUGGGCAUUAGUGUUAUGGUCCACCUUCUACCAACAGGCUGGGCCUCCCAAAUCGGCAAGCAGAUUUGUUGGCCUUGUUACCUUCCUCUGGACUCAGGACCUCGUAGGAAAAGCUAUGAGUCUGUUUUGUUCUACUUUGUAUAGCACAGUGUUAGUGCCUUCUGACCAUGUGGCCCUCUGGCCUUCAUCUACCAAUUUGGAAUAAUAAAAAUAACCUAUUUCACAGGGCCAUGCUUUAGUUUCUCCAACUAACUAAAGGUCCUUGAAGGCAAAUAUUACCUUCUCAAAUUGUAUAAAUAGAAUCUGACGUCUUUUGGUGAGACUUAAGAGAUAAAUAAUGAAACCUAUUGCCUAUUGCACAAUUUGAGAUAAGAAGUUCACACCUUAGGCCAAAGUUGAGCCAUUUCCCCUGGUAGAAGAAUUCACAGAUGAUUAGUGAUCUUCAGAUACAACAAAGCAAAAGUUCAAAUUGUACAUUCAAUAUUUCAAGUGACUUUUGGAACACAAACUUUAUACCAGAUACAUUGUUUAAUCUUCACAAUAAAGGCUCAGUGAGUUGAAGUAAUUUGCUCAAGGUCACACAGGUAAGUGACAGAACUGGGGUUUGAACUGAAGUGUUGUCAUCAAAAUCCAGAUGGUAACAAUCCCAGGAGGUCAAACAGCCAAGUCAGAUAGUCCACUAUCUAAAGAUCUAGAGGAAUAUGUAGAUUACUCAUCAAACAAAUAAAAGACUCUGGGGAAAUGGGAAGUUCAGCCCUGAUAGAGAGGUCAAAGGUGUGAUGGGCCACACUUCCCUGAAGGGUUCCAGAUUAGGCUGCAGGAAGGGUGUACUGCGCAAAAGAUAAAUGGUGGCAGCAGGUAGGGAAAGGAGUGGUACUUGAGUCUCCUUAUACAGGCUGGGCUGCUUCAAAGUCUGUGCCGGUGAGGGUCAGGAGGACACAGCUAAUGUGACUGGAGAAUGCUCACAGCCCUUGACUAUUCAGUAAGGUGCAUUUAAAAAAAAAAAAAGAACCUUACUGGGAAGACAAUUGGGAUGGCAUCCUGGAGGGAACUUUUAAAACACAGUUUAAUCAACUAGAAAAUGUGAUGUGGGUGUAGAUUGUGGUUACUUAACAUGCAUUAUUCACUGUAUGUUAGGUGAUCCCCCAGGACCUGGCUACUGUUCCAGGGUCACUCCUGAUAAUUUUUAAAUUGUUCUUUUAAUCAUGUUCUUAAAAAUUGAACUACCCAAUGUGAACACUUUACAUUUUGCUAUAUAAUGAGAGCAUUUUUAUUUCUUUAAUGUUUGCUUUUUCCUCUGAUCUAACAAUUUCUCUUCAAAUUUCACAGUUUUCUGUUGCUUUAGGAUUGAAAGAACCGAUUAGCCUGCUGGGAGCAUGAAAUAGACUUUUUAGAAAAUCUGCACGAUAUUUCCUCCCAGUGAAAUUAAUUUAGGUUUAAAUAUAAGGGGAAGGUAAUACACCUGUGUCUCUUUCUCUCAAACACCUAAGCAGUUCCUUAUCCUGAAAGGGCACAGUCUGACCAGCUGCCAAGUCUUAAGUCUUUUGUGAGGAUCCCUUCCAAGGCGCAGCAGUCGUAGAACCUCUUUCUCUUUGACACCCGGCUUUGUGUGGACCUGAUGACACAUUUGGCACGUCUCUAUUUCUUUAAAGGCCAGCCUCAGGGGCCCAGAGGACCCAUCGGGCACUGACUGUGGCUGGGCUUCUUACAGCGCAGCUGGAUGGGUUUUCCUGUUGUUUUAGGAAACGCACCUACUUGCAGGGCAGGAGCUAUCAGCUCCAGAGCAACAAAGGACAAUUUGGAGGGGAAUGAAAGAAACACUACACAGCCGCUCUGGCCCUUUCUGCCUGGCGCUCGCGUCCUCAGUGGUCCCGCCUUGGCUCAACGCAUCCCCCACCCCCACUGUUUCGCCGCUCCAGAGCCAGGCGUGGAGAGGCGAGCCCCAUCUCUUUCCCUCCACAGCCUCCCUCCUGUUCCCUCUAAACCCUAGGAUCAGUGCUGCGCACCGCAUCCGCGCUCGGCCCGCGCCCCCCGCGCCCUCCCAGCACCUCGGGAGUCAGCUCCCCGUCCGACCUUCCCCCGCCCUGCAGUCCGCAGCCUCUCCCUCCAGCCCCUGUCGCGGGAGCUGUCAAGCCCGCAGCAGCAGAAGCAGCCCCCGAGCGCCCGCGUCUCCUCUCCUUCCUUUGUGUGCGUGCGAGCAGAGUUGGGGCGGAGGGAGAGGGGCGUCGCUCCGUCUGUCUGCCUCCCGCCGUCCUCGCCCAGGCUGCUAGAAGUGCGGCCCGGGAGGCGGGAACCCAGGGGAGGGUGCGGGAGCCCGCGGGGCGGCUCGGGGCCUCCCGGCCGUCCUAGUCCCAGCCGCGCACGGGGGAACGCUGACGGCAGUGGGACUCGGUAGGAGCCGACAUCGGUCGGCCCAGCUGCCCCUCGCCCUCCCUCUGUCCCCACCUAUCCCCCGACACUCGGAGAAAAGCGUGCAAAGGCUCGGAGAGGGACGGAAACCACAAAUAAAUAGCGGCGGCAGUAGCGCGUCAUCUGGUGGAGCAGGAAGUGCAGGCUGAGUCCGGAGGCCGGUGCUUUCGCGCGUCCCCAGGACUUUGCCAUGGGCUGGGGGCCGCGGAGGCUGCGAGCGGCCGGGCGAGGGCAGCGGCGGCGGCGCCCGCAGAGGGGCUGAGCGAGCAGCGUCGCGCGGGGCGCGCGGAAAUGGCAGCGUCCAGUAACUCCAGUCUGUCCGGCUCCUCCGUGUCCUCCGAUGCUGAAGAAUACCAGCCUCCAAUAUGGAAAUCGUACUUAUAUCAGUUACAGCAAGAGGCACCUCGUCCCAAGAGGAUCAUUUGUCCUCGGGAGGUGGAAAACAGACCAAAAUAUUAUGGAAGAGAGUUCCAUGGGAUAAUCUCUCGGGAGCAGGCUGACGAGCUCCUCGGAGGUGUGGAGGGCGCCUAUAUCCUCAGAGAAAGCCAGCGGCAGCCAGGGUGCUACACACUGGCCCUCAGGUUUGGAAACCAAACCUUAAACUACAGACUCUUCCAUGAUGGAAAACAUUUUGUGGGAGAGAAGAGGUUUGAGUCGAUUCACGACCUAGUGACAGAUGGCUUGAUAACGCUAUACAUAGAAACAAAAGCUGCCGAAUACAUCUCAAAAAUGACAACCAACCCCAUCUAUGAACACAUUGGAUAUGCCACUCUGCUCAGAGAAAAAGUAUCCAGGAGGCUGAGCAGGUCUAAGAACGAAUCAAGAAAAGCAAAUGUGACAAAUGAAGAGCACACAUCUGUGGAGAAGAUCUCCUCCCUGGUUCGAAGGGCAGCCCUCUCACACAACGAGAACCAUUUCAACUAUGAGAAGACACACAACUUUAAGGUCCACACAUUUCGAGGCCCACACUGGUGUGAAUACUGUGCCAAUUUCAUGUGGGGACUCAUCGCCCAAGGGGUCCGGUGCUCAGAUUGUGGAUUGAAUGUACACAAACAGUGUUCCAAGCACGUUCCCAAUGACUGCCAACCUGAUCUCAAGCGGAUCAAAAAAGUGUACUGUUGUGACCUUACAACACUUGUGAAGGCUCACAACACUCAGAGGCCCAUGGUGGUAGACAUAUGCAUUCGGGAAAUUGAAGCAAGAGGAUUAAAAUCAGAAGGCCUUUACAGAGUCUCUGGGUUCACUGAACACAUCGAAGAUGUCAAAAUGGCAUUUGACAGAGAUGGUGAGAAGGCAGAUAUAUCUGCCAACAUCUAUCCAGACAUAAACAUCAUCACUGGAGCCCUUAAACUGUAUUUCAGAGACUUACCCAUCCCCCUUAUCACAUAUGAUACCUAUUCCAAAUUUAUAGAAGCAGCAAAAAUCUCCAAUCCAGAUGAGAGGCUGGAAGCAGUCCAUGAAGUGUUGCUGCUGCUGCCUCCUGCCCACUACGAGACCCUCAGAUACCUGAUGAUCCACCUAAAAAAGGUUACUAAGAAUGAAAAGGACAAUUUAAUGAAUGCCGAAAAUCUGGGGAUCGUAUUUGGGCCCACCUUGAUGAGGCCCCCUGAGGACAGCACCCUGACCACCCUCCACGACAUGCGGUACCAAAAGCUCAUUGUGCAGAUUCUAAUCGAAAAUGAAGAUGUUUUGUUUUAAUCCAUCAGGGAAAUGAGCUGAAUAGCCUCAGCCCCAUCUAAGUUGAUAAAGCUAAAGGAAUAAAAACAUUUCAUACAUUUGAUUUGUUUUUCAAACAAGCGACAGAAUUUCCUGGACCACAGUGGAUUGCCAAGUCAGGUACUGUGUCUCAUAGACACGAGCCUUUUCCACAUGAGAAUGACAAGUGUGAGGGUGAGAAAAACCCCUCACCUUGGGUCUUCUGCUGUGCCUCGUAUGUGUGUCUGUUUUGCUGGAAGAGUGAUUAAUAAAUCUUUCUUUAACUUAUUAAAAAAAUAAUGUAGACCUUUAAAGUUCAGUCUUUAGCAGUAACAAGAGCUUAAUUCAUAAAGGUACUUGAUACAGGUAUACAUUUUCCACUUAUAAAAAGAAGACAAUUUUAUCUGUUAAAUGUUAAAUGAAACCUAUAUUGUAAAAUGUAUUUUUAUUUUACUUGCAAGAAUGUUAUUUUAUUUUAGCAAAUAGAACUCAAUGCAGUGCAUUGAUUAUUACUCUGUGUGCCCUGUCCUACAUUCUUGCUAUGAUGCCCUAAAAAUGUUGACCAUGAAUGCAGUAUUAUCUUGAAAUACCUCUGUCCUCAUCAGUGCUUUCCGAUGAAAUUUCACCUGCCCCGUGCAUUCUUGCUUUUGAUAGUUCUUGCUCUUAAGCACUGGCAUUCUGCUAUUGUAUGGUAUGUGUUUAUAGCAAUCGUAGGAUGGUCUGAAACAUCCACAAGUUUGCUUUCCAUAAAAAUUUUAUGACUUUCCAAAGUAGGUUUUGUAAUUGGCUGGAGUUGCUCCAUAUUAUUCAUACCACAGAAUGUCUUAGCUUUAUAAAAAAUGAUUUAAGGACACUGGAUGUAUCUGAGCUAUGUAAAAAGUUAGCACUUUUCCUCAUUUCUUUUUAGCUAGGCCCUCUGAAUUCUUCUGUUAAUGGCAGUUUACUUUUGCUACAUUUCUGUACUGGUGAACAGCAAAUCUGCAGAAUAAUUGUUGAAUUUUUUUUUCAUUUUUGUUUUGUAAACAAGCCUAUUUUAAAAAGUGAGAAUGAAUAAAGUUGAUUUUUACCAAUUAUUCCUCAAAGUAGCUCUGUAUGGAUAGUAAUUUAAUCUGACUUUCUGACUACAGUUCCAUCCUUUUGAUUAUGUUUAUCUUAGCAUGAGCUCUCACACCAAGAUUCCUAUAUUUUGUAACAUAAAUGAAAUAUUUAAAACACCCCAAACUGUAAAUCUUAGAUUUUUUUUUAAUCCAACUACAAUGUCAUUUCCUGAUUAUUUGAGAUAAUUAACAUAAUUGCUCACUAGUCUUGUUUUGAAGUGACCAUAAAAGAAUGGCUGUGUCAAGUGCAGCUGACAGGAGGGACAGAGUGUGACCACUGUCCUGGACAGUCCCAAGGGCUAUGCUAAUGGACUCUGCUGCACACAGGGGUCAAAAUAGCUUAGUCUCUUCUCUGCUGUGAUCCUCCCUCCCAACUGCAUACAUUUAUUCAUUGUAGCUUCUGUAUUUCUUGAUAUUGUCAAAAAAUUAUCUGGAAAUGGAUUUAUUUUGUGAAGUGACAAUACUUUGUAAUUUAUGAUAGUGUAAACGGAAGGAAAAGCAUUACAUGUAUUAUUAAACUCUUCUGUCUAU